CCGAAACCGGGCACUAGAACCGGUCACACACCGGAACCGGUCACACACCGGGCUCGUGCAGGCCCGCCGAGGAGCGGUCUCGGUGCCACCCCUUCGGGCCGGUGCCACCCCCGGGGCAGGGCCGUGCCGGUGUCCCCUCCGCGCCUGUGUCGCACCGGUGCGUGGGGCCCGGUCCCCGCCCUGCCGGUGCCGCCCCGCUGUGCACGGGGGUGUCGGGGACCGGAGCAUCCUCUGCACUUCCCACCGCAGCGCCCGCGGUGCCGCCGCAGAACGGGCCCUUUAAGAGCGGCAGCGGCUGCGGCCCGAGCUCGAACCCGCGGCGGCCCCGCACCUGCCGGGAUGGGCUUCCAGCGGAGCCACCGGCUGAACCUGCUGCGCCUCGUCGUGCUGCUCCUCGUGGCCUUGGCCGGCAUCAAGUUCCUGUUCCGUGACAGCUUUACCCUGGAGCUGCACAAGCACGUGAGCAAGGACAGCGGGUUCUGGGGGGAUGCUGGUGACACCGUGGAGGACACCGGCCCCCAGAGCCAGGUCCUGCUGCUCCCUGUGGCCAAGAUAACAGCCCCGAGGCAGGAGGCUGGGCAGCAGCAGGUCACCAGGGACAUCAGUGCCACCGAGAUGAGGCUGGUCCACCUGGACCUCAAGGGAGCUGCGCCCCGCGUCUCCUACCUGGAGCAGGUGUUCCCACUCCUGUCCCUGCUGGGAGCCAACGGCGUCCUCAUGGAGUACGAGGACAUGUUCCCUUUCAAAGGGGAGCUGGAAGUCCUCAAGUCCCCGUACGCGUACAGCGAGGAGGACAUCGAGCGCAUCCAGCAGCUGGCAGAGCUGCACAGGCUGGAGGUGGUUCCCCUGGUGCAGACCUUUGGGCACGUGGAGUUCAUCCUCAAGCACGAGAAGUACCAGCGCCUGCGGGAGGUCGAGCGCUUCCCCAACAGCUUCAACCCUCACAGCCCUGACACCCUGGCCCUGCUCAAGAGCAUCCUGGCACAGGUGAUGGAGAAGCACAAGCGCUCCACAUGGAUCCACAUCGGUGCAGAUGAGGUCUUCCAUCUCGGGGAGGGGAUGGACUCCAAGAACUGGAUGAGCCACAACAAGGGCGACACGGGGACCAUGUACCUGAACCACAUCAAGGAGGUGCUGGGCUUCAUCACCACACAGUACUGGGGGCUGCGGGUGCUCAUGUGGGAUGACAUGCUGCGGAAGAUCAGCGUGGGAGCCCUGCAGGAGUCUGGGAUAGCCAAGCACGUCUCUCCUGUGGUGUGGUUCUAUGCACCCGACUUUGAGGCCGAGCAGCUCGUGCCGUUCCUCACCAAGUACGCGGAGAGCGGCUUCGAGGCCGUGUGGUUCGCCAGCGCCUUCAAGGGCACCACGGGACCAGCGCAGGCCUGGCCCCCGCUGAGCUUCCACCUGAGGAACCACCUGAGCUGGCUGCGGGUGAUGGAGGCGCUGCCCCAGCUGGCCCCGCUGCGCCUCCAGGGCAUGGUCCUCACGGGCUGGCAGAGGUACGAUCACUUCUCGGUGCUCUGCGAGCUGCUGCCUGUUGGAAUCCCCUCGCUGGCCAUCUGCCUGCAGACCCUGGUGACCGGGGGAUUCACGGAAGAGACAAAGAGGAAGGUCCUGGAUGUGCUGGGCUUCGAGAGCAUGCAGCUGGAGCAGAGCACAUGCGAGGGCAGGGGAGUGUUCCCCGGCGCAGAGAUCUACCACAUGGUUGAGCAGGUUAAUGGCCACCUGAAGGAGAGCAUCCAUAAAGCCCUGGAGGAGGAGAGUGCCAUCAAGGGCUGGUUCAGCCCCUACCAUCGGAAGCACCAGUUUGGUAACCCCCGAAACAUGGAGAGCUUUGGCAGCAAGGUGCUCAAGCUCCAUGAGGACUGGGAGAGCUUCAUCCGUGACCUGCGCACCCACUUGGAGAGGGUCUAUUACCCCGACACGGUGGAGGAGUGGAUGGAGGAGAACGUCAACCCCUACCUGGACCAGCUGCGGGACCUGGUGCGGGACUACCGGGCCAUCAUCCGCCUCAAUGCCCGGCCCAAGGCCACAUAGGGACCACUGAAACCCCCCCCCCGGGCUCCCACUGCCCCCCCCGUGAUGGGUUUUGGGGCCACGUCGCGUGUGUGCG